AUGCCUAAAGAAAAUUGGUGUGAUGUCAACGACCGCUGUGCCCAAUACUCAUACAGUAAACGCAUUUGCCGCACACACGAGCGUGGUGCGAUUUAUUCGCGGACGAGCGAGACGACGCGCGGCGCCGGGCGGCGGGGGCUAGCGCAGUGGGACGACGCAGCCGAGGCCGUUCACCCCGGAAGAUUCAAUGUUUUGAUACCGCUCGAGCCUCCGCCGACGAUGGAAAACUGCAUUUUCUUUGAUGCGCUUCACUUUUCACGCUCUAAU